AUAAAUAAAUAAAUAAAUAAAUAAAUGCAAAUAAUGUCCACAUCACGCUUAUAAACUACAUGUGGUGCACAUAUAUAAGGUCUGAAAUGGUUUACAUUUAUUUUUACUUAUUUCAUCCUCACAAUACUAAUAGAUUAUUACUAUUACAAUUAUUCGUCUCAUAAAUGAGAAAAUCAUGGCAAAGGGUUGUGAAGAAAUGUGUUCAGCAUCAUCAGAUAUCAAACUGCCUAGCCAGGAUUCAAGUUCCAUUGGUCUGGUAUGACGCUUAUGCACAUCCACAGCCCUACCUCACCCUUCUGCAGCUAAAUUAAACUUGAAGAUCAGAAGUCAAUUAUUUCUGUACUACUCAUACUUAGAAACACCAUUUACCACCACUUUUCUACAUCUCCAGCAGAUACAACACUCUAAAUUAUCGAAAUGCUUAAUAUUUAAAUAUUUAAAGCAGAAAAUGCUGAUUUAAAAAUACAUAAAUUUCAAGACAGAAAAUAUUACCACUCAUAGACUUUCCUUUUCUCAUGUCUACAGAAAGAAUAAAGCAGAUUGACACUAAUAAGCUGGUUCUUCUUUUCUCAUUGUAGUUCAUUUUAAAUGAGAGCUCAUGAAUUGAAUUGAUAAGAAGUUAUUAACAUAUAAAAAUAUGAAGCAGAGUGUAUUUACACAAAAAGUGACUGUUGGUAAAGGCAACUGCUAAAGUCAACAACAGUUACAAAGUAACAUUUAUUUUAAGAUGACUUUCCAGAUGGUAGUAUAUAUAGUGCACAUUCGUUGUAUAAAUUCAGUAUAUGUUAGUGCAGGCCUGGAGUACACCAUAAAUCUAAUGUAACCUCAUUUCCAAGGUGCUGUCAGUCAGAAAGGUUAGGAUGGAACUUAGAUGGCCUAUUCAUUAUCAUCAAACAAUCUUACAAUACCUAAUUACGUUGGUUAGUUUUAUGCCAACUUGACACAAGCUACAAUUAUCAGAGAGGAAGAAACCUCAAUUGAGGAAAAGCCUCCAUAAGAUCAGGCUGUAGACAAGCCUGUAGGGAUUUUCUUAGUGAUUACGUGGGAUGGUCCAGCUCAUUGUGUGUGGUGCCAUCCCUGGACUGGUGGUCCUGGGUUCUAUAAUAAAGCAGGCUGAGCAAACUUUGGCAGGCAAGUCAGUAAGCAGCACCUCUCCAUGGCCUCUGCAUCAGCUCCUGCCUCCAGGUUCCUGUCCUGUUUGGGUUUGUUGCCCUGACUUAUUUCAAUGAUCAACAGUGAUUUGUAAGCAGAUGCCAAAUAAACCCUUUCCUCCCCAAGUUGCUUUUGGUCAUGGUGUUUGAUCACAGUAAUAGUAACCCUAAGACACUGAUCCUAAAAGCCAACCCAUAUAAGCACUUUCUUAUAGGAUCUGAGACUACUACUUUCUAUUACUUCAAACAAGAUCCCAUGGAUUUAUCCACUGUACUGUCUUUAUUAAGCACCAGGACAGCCUUUACUGUCAACUAUCAUCCAAGACAGUUUUUGCCAUGGCAUGGAUAUUCAGCUAACUUCACAAUUCAGGGAGGGGAAUCGAGAACUGGCUGUGCUGAAUGAGUCGUGGAAGUCACAGAAUUCAUGGACAAACACCACCAGCUGUAAUCUCAGGCUUCAUUCUUUUUUUAUGUCAUUGGCCAAGAAGCUAAGGCCCAGAGGUCUUCCCAAGGUGAAGUGUCUAGAGAGGGAAGGUCUAUUCAUUAAAUUGGAUUGGGAGAGUUCUCUGUCUUUGGAGCUGUGGUGAGACAGGAGACCCACCCCACAGUCUACAGCAGGAAGUGAUGGCUAGUGAGCAUGACAGAACAAAUGGAAUGUGGAACGAGACAAGGGGACUCUGCAAAUUGUGACCUUGGGCCCUUCUUGAUAAUUCUGAAUCUAGGGGCAUAAUACAUCUGGGGAGAUUUGAGCCUGAUGCUGGAUUGAGGUGGCCCCAAGCUAACAGCAACUCCGAUAAAGGUCAGAAACAAAUUCUUUCUGGAAAAAAAACCUCAUUUUUUAUUUCAAACAAUUUCCUCAAAUAAAUUCUCUUACUAUGAUAGUAUAGAGUUAAAUAUAAACAAGCACUAAAGGAGAGGUCAUCAUGAAACAAAGAAUAAAUAAUGGCUGCACAUUCUACAAUAUUUAGAUUCAAAUGGUUAGACACAGCUAUUAUAGUGGGGUUUUUUUAAGGUGUCAAGCAAGAACUAGUUUGAGGACAAUGAUGAAGAACAAUGACCUCUAAGCACCCCCCAGAAACACUACAAAGGGACUCAGUGAAGUGCCUUCCAAACAAAACUGAAGUAACUAACACUUAAAACUCAGCAGGCCUAAUUGAUAACAUAACAGCCCCCAGGUGAAAGAGAAUAAGAGGCCAGUGAAUUGGAUCAGUAUAUAAGGGGCUUGCCACAUAAGCUUGGGAACUUUAGUUUGAUACCUGGAACCCAUGUAAAGAUGGAAGUAAAGAGAACCAAAUGCAUGAUGUUGUCUUCUGACCUCUGCUCACCUGCCCCCCCAACACACACACACACACACACACACACACACACACACACACACACACACACACACACACACACAGAAGAGGAAGAGGAGGGUGAAGAGGAAUAAGAAGAGGAGGAGAAGGAAGAAGAGGGAAUAAACUUAAGGCAGGUCUCAGAGAAGAGGAUGCAGAAUGCAGUGGAGAGGAAAAACUAUGAGAGACGGAUUGUUAGAAAAUAGAAUCUAAAGAUGUGUCAUGUGUCAUCAGUGACAACAGAAGAAAGACUUAGGGGAAAUAUUUGAAGAGAUAAACCAGGAAGACUUUCCAUACCUAAUAAAAGCCACUAAGGCAUGGAUUUAAAAGGCCACACCUAAUGACUUAGAAGAAAUAGACACCUAAACAAAUAACAUUGAAUAUACAGAGCAAGAGAGAUGUUAGGAAAGAAAUGAGGGAGAAAGGGAAAAGAAAACUUUAAAAACAAGUGAGAGGGGAAAUGCUGAUUUUCAAAGGAGGCUACAUUUUAAACAGCACUAACUAAAUACCCAAGAGUGAAGGUUAGAGUUUCAAUGGUUGGAAAUUCAAUGGACAACCUAGGAUUAUAUACUAGCCAAAAUAUCUCUCAAGAAUGAAGGUCAAGGGCUGGAGAGACAGCUUAGUGGUUAAGAGUGAAUAUAAGCACUGGUACUCCUGUCUACAUACCCACACAUAGACACACACAUUCACAUAAUUAAAAAAAUAAUAAUCUGUUUUUAAAAAGAAGAAAAAUUAGUGUGAACAAGUAUAUUAGCCCAAGCCUAUGAUCCCAGUGCUUGGGAGAGAAAAGCAAGAGUCACCAGUUUGAAGACAACCUAGGUACAUGGACUCCUGGUCAAGGAAAGAAAGGAGGGAGAUGAGGGGUAGAAAGGAAAGCAGGAGGAAAGACACGCUUAAACUCCUAAACAGGCAAUCGCCAUUAAAACUGAAAAAUAUUUUUACCUAAACAAAAAAGAAAUACUGCAAAAAUGCUAUAUAUAAGAUUUAGCUGGAAACACAGUAAUGAAAGCAUGUAGCUCCAGUACGCUGGCACUCAAGUGACUGACACAAUGGGAUACAUAAGCCGAAGAACCCAAGAUGAGCCUGGGGAAAGGAAUAGAAGCUGUACAAAAAGAAACAAGUUUGCUGGGCAUGACAGCUUAUUCCUGUCAUCUCAGCAUUCAGUUGGCUGAGGCAGGAGGAUUCCCAUCUAGUGCCAACAAUGACACUAAAGACUGUAAAUAAGACAACACCAAAGAAAAUGCUAUGGGAAGCAUCCAGCCAAUAUAUUUGGUUAGAAACACAAACCCCAGACACUUCCCCUGACAUCCCAGCUAGAGUGCUGAUUAGCAUCUCUGGGAAUGGAGUCUAUGAACCUGUGAUCUACCUGGUCUUCCCAGCAGUCCUGAUCUCUCUUAACUUGUUGGAUACACAAGCACCCUCAAACACACCACAGUUUUCAUUUAUGUGAAUGGAUAGCUAUUUCAGUGCUCUUUUGGAAAAAUCAUUAUUACUAAUAGUCACUACUGAAGAGAAAAAAGGGUAAGCUUCAUUUUCAAUUUAUUGUUUAUUAACUGACCAGAUAUUACAUAAAUCCUGUGGGAGAUUCCUUAGUUAAUCCUUCUAGUAAGCAUGUUGACCUGAUCUUCCCAGUUCCCUGCUUUUCUGCCUUUCACAAAAUAGGUUGUUUAUUCCACCUAGAGAUAAUCUGAAGAGCCACAGGAAGUUAUUCAAUUCCUUCAUGUAUUUUCCAACAAUGUAGAUCUCAUGGAUCAGGUGUAUGUAAAUGAUGCCAUAUUGAUACCUCCAAUUCUGAUGACAAACACCAGUCAGGGUUCUGCAGGUAUACAGAAGUUGUUCAUUUGGAUGAACUGAAUGCAAUGGAUUUAAUUAAGUCCCUAAGUAGCAGGGGCAAAGAGGCAGCACCGAGUUGUCAAAGGCAAGGUUGAUCAUAGUUAUCGUACUAGACAGAACAACAAGUCGCACUGCCAGUGACACUUCUUCCGGGGAGGCCACACCUUCUCCAACAAGGCCAUACCUCAUAAUCCUUCUCUUCCUUCUCAAAUCAUUCCCUGAUGACUAACCAUUCAAAUAUAUGAGCCUAAGGGGCCAUUCUUGUUUAAACCACCACAUAUACAUUUCUUCUUUGCCCUUCAAAGCAUCAAAAAGUACAUUAUUUUUGUUUUGUUUUGUUUUUUUUGUUGUUGUUGUUGUUUGAGAUGGGGUCUCAUUCUGUGAUCUUGGUUGGCCUGGAACUUGCUAUGUUGAGCAGGCUGGCUUUGAACCCAUAGAGAUCCACCUAACCCUGCCUCCUGAGUACUACAAAAGUACAUUUUUAAAGAGAUUUCAAUAACAUAAAUGGAAGUUGUGUGUUCCUUAAUUUCGUUAACUUUUUGUUACUUGUAUGAAACUGAGAUUAUACAUGAAAUAGCAAAUAUCAGCCCAGAAUCUGCUUUGAAACACUCCAAUUUUUUUCGCAUAGCCAUGAGGAAGAGAUUUUAUUAUUUGCAAUGUGGUAGUUAUGGAAUCUCUUUACAUAUUGCUUUAUCUGUCAUUACCUUGGUACAUCAUUGAGCUCCUGGAAUCUCAUUGUUAUUCCACGAUUAUUAUUUCAUACUUGGAUUGUUUGGUUCACCAGACUUUUAAAAGAAACUCCAAAGUACACUUCAGAAACACCUUCACGAGUCUAACAUAACCCUCAUAAUCAAAGCCACGCUUCUGAAUCAUAGCAUUUCCUCCCGCUCUCCUCUUUGUUUCAUUCUGCCUUAUUUACCUAGCUGUUACCUACACAUCCAUUGUACAAGAUGACAGACUUCCAGCAAAAAGCUUGAUAACCACACACAGUCAUCAACUCCAAUUGUAAAUAACCACAAAACAAACUUUAAAGCAUUUGUACCAAAUGUAAAUCUCAGUGGGAAACUGUUUCCUCCCAGUAUUGUGGUUGAUGAUUAUGAAUCAAACCGACGAGGUAAGGCAGUCUUACAAUAAUGAUCUGGAACUGUGAGUCAAUGAGUAAGAUUAAAGGCACAAAGAAAGUCUUCCUAAUCAACAAGAAGAUAACUGCUGGAAAGAAAAAUAUGUUCCUUGCUUGAAAUUAACUGUCACACAUUCCCAACCUACACAAAGCUGUCAUAAAGGACAUCUAAAUCUGUCCUUGUUUGUAACAUGUGUUGUGACAAGAUUUGACAGUUUAUCAAAGAACUAUAAUUGCCACCUAAACAUCUAGCAUUUUGUCAACUGUAAGUGUGUUUAGUGAAAGCAUUUAUUUAACUUAAAAUACAACCAUUUUCCUCGCUUUCUAAAAUGACUGCUUGGAUUUCUUUUCUCUUUAGCUGAUCAAGCUGCAUCAGAACUGUCUUUGAAUUAUUUAUGUCAGAAUUGUGAAGGGUAAAAAAAAAACAAGCAGUGAAGCAAGAAACUAUCACGAAGGAAAUAUAUAUUAUAUAUAUAUAUAUAUAUAUAUAUAUAUAUAUAUAUAUAUAAUGGUUAUUGACUCAAAAGACCUUCAAAAUGCAACAAUCCUCACAGAUCUGUGGAGAUGAUAUUAAAGCGCUCUUGUUUUGAGAAGGAGAAAGAUACAGCCUUUUCUCCCUUUCAUCAUUCUCAUUUCUAGAGCAAUUUUCUAAGAAGCAAUACCUCCACAGAAAGAACGUUAUCCAAUAUGUAUUAUUGCUACAUGAACUUUUUUUUCCAGAAGCAGUCAAUGAUAAGGCAGUUGUCUCUCUUAACCUAUGGAACAAAGAGAACAACAUGAAAUUCCAGUAUGAUCUAUCCAAGUUGAAAAAUGUCAGAAUAACCAUCUAUGACAUCACAAUCUAUGACAUCAGUGGUUCAUUUCCUUCUGGAAAUUUCAGAGGUUGGUUUCAGCACCAGGACAUUUGGGGUCAUAUUUGUUCUUUGUUGUAGUUACUUGAUAAGCAAGAAAAUUUUAUGCAAAUAUUUCUGCACACUUUCCCCCCUCAUUAUUCUAAUAAACUAGGGGGUGGGGAGAAGGGCCUAAUAUGACAGACCACUAAAAGCUAUAAUUGGAAAUCUAGGAAGCCCACAUCCUAGUAUACACUGAGCUUUAGUGAGUCAGUAGUAAAUCAUAGGUAGUUUGUUUCUCCAGUUCUGGGUUCCCUGGCUGUGAACUGGGAUAUAAAAUGACUAGAUGGUCUCUGAGGCCAUUUCCAUCUUUAUAUACUAUGAUUCUAGACAAAUCCCUUGAAUUAUGAGGUAUAGCAACAGCCAGAUCAAAAAUAACAGCAAUACAAAAAUGGCUUCUAGUUAACACCUCAAGAGAAAUACAACCAGCUAUGGGUUUUAAAUGUUUACAUUAGCAUUCAGUCCUAUUUAGGUAAUAUUAAAUCUAUUUAAAAAUCUGUUUUGUUUUUCAUUAAAAACUGAAAAUAUGUGCCAUAUUGAAAACACUAAAAGAAAAAUCAGUUUAAUUGAAGCUGCAAGUACUUUUUAGUGCUUCUAAAUUAAGCUACAGGAUUUUCUGUACAAAUCACUGUAUGUAGCUCAUUUGGGAUGAAUUACAUGGCACAGGUGUUUCUGUUGGAUUUGUUUUUAAGGAAAAAACAUGAAUGAAGAUUUGUGAACAGAAAGCAGUUGGCAUGCAUUGUCAAUCACAAAGAAUAUGAACUGAAGAGAAAAGAAGGUAUUUUAAUGUCAAGGGAUGUUAUUAGAUCAUUAGCAUGCUAUUUUGAUGUAACAUUUUAACAUGGGCAUUGUUAGUUGUUUACAUGACUCUAUAAUAAUAUCUCAUAAAUAUAUAAAAAUAAAACUUUAUAACCAAGUAAUAUGUUUCUCAGACUUCGUGUAGAAAAUAGGUGUUUUAAUACGUAUUGAUGAUCACAUGCUGGUCCCAGACUCUGUUUCUUUGAACAUCUAGGUUAGUUGCUAUUUGCAGCUCAUCAUCGUAAACCCAACAGAGACGUCCAAGCCUUACACACUGUGACAUGGUGAUGCCAUCUGCAAACAUGUUGAGCUACAUUCACAGCUAUGCCACGAUACUGUGGGCUCAGAUUUUGAUACAUCUGCAAAAGGCAAAACAACUGACACACAGGAAUAUUAUUUAACUUAUACCACAACCCCACCAUUAUAUAACCUGGAGGUACUUGCAAACACUCUGGAAUGGAUUCCCAUUUAUACCAUUUUCCAACCUUUUGCCUUCUUAUUCUGUUGAAGAAAUGGACUAAACAACACUUUGCACAUACCUCCUCCAGUCUGAAACUUUCUAUUUAAACUUGUUUAAGAACCUUGCUUUAAAGCCGGGCGGUGGUGGCGCACGCCUUUAAUCCCAGCACUCGGGAGGCAGAGGCAGGCGGAUCUCUGUGAGUUCGAGGCCAGCCUGGGCUACCAAGUGAGUCCCAGGAAAGGCGCAAAGCUACACAGAGAAACCCUGUCUCGAAAAACCAAAAAAAAAAAAAAAAAAAAAGAACCUUGCUUUGUGUUUCAGUAUUCAAAUUUAAACAUUCCCUGCAAGUUAAUAAUAAGUAACAAUGGGCCAGGCAGUGACUCAUGCCUUUAAUUCCAGCACUCAGGAGGCAGAGGCAAUCUAUCUUUGAGCUUGAGGCCAGUUCUGAUCUACAGGACUAGUUGCAGAACAGCUAGGGAUAUAUCCUGAGAAACCCUUUCUGGGAAAAAACAAAACAAGAAAAAUUACUAAGAAUAAUAAUAACAUUAGGAAAAUUCCCAUGCAGUUGGAAGUCUUCUUAAUUUGAAAGUGUGCAGUAGGUGCCAACCAAGCCUUUUGUUUUUUCAAAAGACUUGGGGUCAGGUUAGCACAGCCGUUAUGGAAGAGACAGUAACGGCUUCAUAACCACCCGUUGCGAUGACCCGAUGACCGGAAGCUAUUAGGGUCUGUGGUCCCAGUUCCGUUCCAAGGCGGCAGAGCCCGGAACAGCUGAAUCUAGGAUCUCUGGCCAAGAUGCCAAACAUCAAAAUCUUCAGUGGCAGCUCCCACCAAGACUUAUCCCAGAAGAUCACUGAGCGCCUGGGCCUAGAGCUCAGCAAGGUGGUAACUAAGAAAUUCAGCAACCAGGAAACCUGCGUGGAAAUCGGUGAGAGUGUGCGCGGAGAGGAUGUCUACAUUGUUCAGAGCGGUUGUGGCGAAAUCAAUGACAGUUUAAUGGAACUUUUGAUCAUGAUCAAUGCUUGCAAGAUCGCUUCAGCCAGCCGGGUGACUGCAGUCAUCCCAUGCUUCCCUUACGCCCGUCAGGAUAAAAAGGAUAAGAGCCGGGCUCCCAUCUCUGCGAAGCUCGUAGCAAAUAUGCUGUCUAUAGCAGGUGCAGAUCACAUCAUCACCAUGGACCUACAUGCUUCUCAGAUUCAGGGCUUUUUUGACAUCCCAGUAGACAAUUUGUAUGCAGAGCCAGCUGUCCUAAAGUGGAUAAGGGAGAAUAUCUCUGAAUGGAAGGACUGCACUAUAGUCUCUCCAGAUGCUGGGGGGGCCAAGAGGGUAACUUCCAUCGCAGACCAUUUGAAUGUGGAUUUUGCCUUGAUUCACAAAGAACGGAAGAAAGCCAAUGAAGUGGACCACAUGGUUCUUGUGGGCGAUGUGAAGGAUCGGGUGGCUAUCCUUGUGGAUGACAUGGCUGACACUUGUGGUACAAUCUGUCACGCAGCGGACAAACUUCUCUCAGCAGGAGCCACCAGAGUUUAUGCCAUCCUGACUCACGGAAUCUUUUCUGGCCCAGCCAUUGCUCGCAUCAAUGGUGCAAGCUUUGAAGCAGUAGUGGUCACUAAUACCAUACCUCAGGAGGACAAGAUGAAGCACUGCCCCAAAAUCUGGGUGAUUGACAUCUCUAUGAUUCUUGCAGAAGCCAUCCGGAGAACUCACAACGGAGAAUCUGUUUCCUACCUGUUCAGUCAUGUUCCUUUGUAACAAAAUGACAUAAAUUUUAAAUGCAGUAAGAUGAAAUAAAAAUUAACCCUGUUCAUUAUUUUGCCUCUGUGGUUGAUGGAAUGCUCAAUGAGAGACCCAGUUGUGUCCACUGUGGCCUCAGAGAUAGGGGAUUGUGGGGUUUCCUGACUCGGUUCGUUCUGACUUCUUUGACUGUGAGCUCUGAGGCUUUCACAAAGCCCCAUUCCUGCAAGGUUUCUCAUCUCCCAACAUGUUGCAUCAAACUAUGUGAGGACAAAUCAGCCACAAAUCCACUUAUCUAUCAAACGCAAUCACGUGCUGCAAGUUCACCAGAGCCUAUGGAAAACUUCAGCAAGCACCCUGGGCACUCCUAGCCACUCUCCUGGAUUCUAAACCCAAGGGGAGGCAAGAGCAGCUCCCAGGUUAAGCCAGCAUUGGGAUCAUAAAGUGUACACAGUGGAGCCUCCUUUCACUCCAGCUUUCUGUCCAGGUGUCCUCUUCCUGGGCACAUAUGCAACUGGGUUCAACUGUUCACAGUCUAUGGAAAGCAAGGUCUCUGGUAGGUGAUCUGUAAUAUUACAGUAGAUGUUGUGCUGUACCAUGUACCAACACCAUGGUAGAGUUUAGAUGGCAUGCAGUGCCUUCCGGUCAGUUUCAACAGUUAUGUUUCAUCUUCUUUCACUGUAGUAGAUUGGCCUGCCCAAAGACCUUGUUUCUGUAUUUCAAGAUGAUGCUCUCAUGUCUUUUAAGGAAAGCCAGUGCAGAAUCUGGGUGUGUAUGGAAGUGGGUGGCUACAAAGAUUGUGUGAAAUUUCUCAUCUCCAAGAAAAUAGAGAAAAGCCUCAAGAAUUUCUAAAGGUUGAAACAAAAACAAGAUAGAUUUUAAAAAGCAGUAUUCAAAUGGCUAUUUGGCUUCUCAUAUGAACUGCCAGAGAAUAAGCAGGAUAGAACAAAACAUCUUUUUAUUUCUAAAGAAAUAGUUUAAACCCAACUUCCUAUGUUCAUUCCGAUUUGAAGACAGUAUUAAGGCAAAUCUCUUUUAGUAUUAAAAGAUUAAGAAACCUUACCAUUAUGGUUCCUUCUAAAAAGUAUUGCUUGAAGUUACUGAACUCUCAGCAUUUGGGAAGCCAAGGCAGGAAGACUGAGAGUUCAAGGUCUACUUACGCUCCAUAGUGAGUCUCAGGCCAGACAGCCUGCGGUACACAGUGAGACCCUAUCUCAUAUACAUUCAUAUAUACUAUAUAGAUCCGCAGCCUAAAGCAAUACCAUCUAUCGGUAGUAAUAAAACCGCCAUGUAAACUUAUAAAACAUUUGCUAAGGAAUACAGAAAAUGUCUGAAAUGAGUAUACUAGAACCUGAAUAAGAAGGAUGAAAUUGCACUGACAGCUUCUUCAGAUUAUCUAGUUGUCAUAAACCCAAUGAAGAUCCUUAUAGGAGUUUUUAAUAAACCAGACUUGACAAGCUUUUCUAAAGUUCAUCUGGGAAAAAAAGUGAGCAAAAUUCAUGAAGGAUUUUUUGAGUGUGUUUUGUUACAGUAUAUUAACACAUAAAGCUAUAGGAGUGGAAACAGGAAUGUACACAUAAUUCUGCAGAAUUUAGAUUCUCAGGACACACCCAGUAUUCUUGCAGGAAUUUCAUGCACACAUGUUCCAUUUAAUGGAGCAGUUGGCUGUAUUAGCAGAAGGAAGCACAUAGCUGUAUCAUCUUUGGGAUACUCAUUCUCAUGAGUCUCUGUGGAGGUGUUCUCCUGAUCUCCUGCCUUGGCAUCCACUCCUGCUGUCUACACAAAUUCUCUGAAGUGGAGAAUGAGCCUCUGGACAUAUUUUCAUGGACUUUAUUCAGGCUUUCAUCUAUCCAGACCAUAGCAAUGCAUCUGAUGAGCAUCUUCAUGUGGCAUCAAUAACAGCUUAAUACUAUGAUCCUCCUGUUUCCUUGAAGAAAAUAAAUUCCUUGAUCAUGCAUAUGAACAUAUAUAAUAUACACUACAGUGCAACUUCUACAUUAAGACUCAUAGUAAGACUGUUCCCCUGUUUAAAUGAAGCUCGUCAAUUUCAUGCAACCAGUUAUUUGAGACAAACUUCUCACAGAAUACAAAGUAAAUGAAGACUAUCAAUUUGCAUAGUAAUAUUAUGUAUUUAAAUCCAUCUAGUUGGUAGCUUGUUGGCUGCAAGUCUAGAAAACUAAUAUAAUUCAGGUCCCAAUCUAUGGUCAUUCCACCCCGAGCAUGCCCUGUCUUAGAAGUGGCUUUUGAAUAGGGAAUGUGUAGGGGCUGGAAGGAUUUUAGGGUCUGAACAUGAAUGACAAAGCUAGCCGGGUUAGAGAGAUUUCUCAAAAAUUAAUAACACUCGUGGUUCUUACAGAGGCCCUAAGUUCAGUUCCCAGCACCCAAAUAUGAACUCAAAAUCUGUAACUCCAGUUCCAGGAGACUGAAUGUACUCUUUUGGCCUCUUUGGGCACCCAGCACAGGCAAGGCAAAGCACCCAUAUACAUAAAAAAAAGAAAGAAAAUAAAAGAAAGGCUAGAUUGCUUUGCAGUGGGUAUGUGAAUGUGUAUGUGUGUAUGUGUGUGAGUGAAUGUAUACAUAUUUGUGUAUAUGUUGUAUGUAUGUAUAUGAGUAUAUGAGUAUGUAUGGUAUGUAUAUAUGCAUGUGUGUAUAUGUGUGUUUAUGUGUGUGGUGUGAAUGUAUAUGUGUGUGUGUUUGAGUACAAGUGUGUACAUGUAUGUGUAUAUAUGUGUGAGUUUGAGUGUAUGUGUGUGCAUAUGUGUAUGUGUGUGAGUGUGUGUGAGAGAGAGUAUGUGUGUGUGUGUAUAUUACCAUAAGCAGACUGCUAGCAAAAUAUGAAUAUUAGAUGUAUUUCUGGUGAGGCUUCAAAACAAAAUGGCAACCAGAUUAGUGUAAGCUAAAGGAAUGUCUGUGCUUGUAAAAUGGCAGAAGAGUAGUUCUGCUCUGAACAGAAACAACCUGGAAGUGGUGAACUUGGGCAUUUUUGGCUUCAGAGAUUGGAGCCUAAACACUGUAGAUAGCGUCACUCCACUGUGCUACUUACAAGAAAACAGUAGAAGUGUGGAAGGAACAACACAGUAAACAGAGCUGGGAGCCAGGAGCCAAUUACUUGGUAAGUUCUCAGCCUAGCUAGAUUUACAAAUGAUGCUAAAAUGAAGAAAUUCCUUGUUGGUAAAGAAUGCUCUGGAUAGAGGCCCCAGGGUGUGCCUGGAUAACCUUUUGCAAAAGAGAUUAGGUAUGUGACUCAUGGGCACAAUCAGUCUUCUCAGAGGAGGCAAAGGCAGACACUCAGAAGACAACAGAAUGUUGGAUACUCAGCUAUUAUGCUUCCACAGAUUUUUUUAAGUUGAUAGAAAAUUCCCUAAUGAAGGAUAAACCUAGCAAUAAUGAAAUGUCUUAAAUACCAACCUAAGGUUUUUCAUUUACUCAAAAAAGCCACGGGGCACUCUUGUAGGUUUUGUAAUGUAUUUCCAGUAGAUGACUGAUGCAAUGGAAAUUGUACAUUUUGGGGGAACUGAGCAGCAAUGAGCUAAGAGAAUUGCCCUGGAAAGCAUCUACAACUGAAAAUCACAGCAUCUUGGGUAGGUUGCCUUUUGAGAAAUUAGAUCUAAACAUCUCUCAUUCACAAUAAAGAUUCCUAAUCCCAUAUUUCAUUCACGAUAAAAAUGCCUAAUCCCAGAUGGGGAGAUGUUAGGCUGGGCCAACCCCAGGCUGGACUGUGAGUCUGGGUGGCAGUUGAGCUGGUCAGUGAAGGAACAAUAACCACAGAAUCUCCAUGACUUUGGGAGACCUCAGAAUACCCAAGCAGAGUUUUGGGGAAGAUCCAGUGAAGAUGGUGUACCAGAAACCAGAAGCCUUGAACCAGGCCAGUGACUCAUCGCAAUGAACACUUGCGAGUAAAGCUAAUGGAGCGAAGGGUCUACUGGGUGUUGUCCUCCUUUUUUAAGUGGUUGCUGCCUUUUAAGACACAACUGUCCUAACCAGCAACUGCAGCUCCUCCACUACCAGCAGCAGUUAGGCCACAAGAGCCACGGCCUGAGGGAAUUCUGUUCCCUCAGGGUCCGACUCUUGCAAAGUUACAAAGACAACUUAACUAAACCUCUCUCCCUCUAAAGAACUCAAGAUUCAAAGAUUAAGCUGGAAUUCUGCUCUUCAGAGGCUGAAUAGCACGUAGCUCACCUCCUCUACUUGCUUGAGUCCUCCAAAAAGCCCUCCUGCUUCUCCUCACCCCUCCUUAUAAACCCUUCUCCACUUGGCUCCUCCCUACCACUUCCUGUCAGCUAGUUGCUGACUCAGCCUCCUGACUGCUGGUGAAUUUUAUUUAACCAAACACAUCUUUGCAUCAUUAAACAAAUGUUCCAGAACAUAAACAAAAGUAACACACCUUAAAAUAAUAUUCUACAACAACUGAGUGACACACCAUGGCUCCCAAUGCCACCAGGAUGAAGGAAGAGGUGUUGGAGAGGCAGGAAAGAUGGAGGAAUGGAGAGGUUUUGUGUUGUUGUUUUGUUUUGUUCUUUGGAGGUUUUGCUUGUUUUUCUUUUUGUUUUUAUUUGUUUGCUAGCUUGGUUUGGUUUGGUUUGUUUUUUGGGUUUUUUUUAAUUUUUGUUUGGAGGCCACUGCAGGGGAAAGGGGAGGAUAUGGAGGGACUGGGAGGUGACCAGAAUUGGGGUGCAUGAUGUGAAUUUCUCAAUGAUUCAAUGAAGAAAUUAUGUUAAAUAAUAAAAAGAUGCCUAAUUCCUAAUCUCAUUCACAAUAAAGAUGCCUAGUCUCUAUGUACCAAGGAUUGUCUACAGAAAUUCAGUAUGAGUGUAAAUGUCGA